AAGCCAACAUAAAAAACACUAAUGUUUAACAACACAAAAGAUGAUUGAUCAAGAAAGUAAAUAUUGCGCUAAAGUGUAAGAAAACGUGAUCAUAAGUAAAACGUGCAAUUUUCUUUGACUAUUUCAACUUUAAAGUAAUAUUUAAAGCCAGUGGAAAAAAGUUCCAACUCAUACCAGUGACGUGGAUGUGUUUUGUGAGGUUAUGUCACAGACGUUUUAAAUUUAAAAUUUUCUUUAUAUAAAUCGCCAAAUUAAAAUAGAAAAUGUUUGAGGUCACCGAUACUCAAAAAAUUGGGGUCGGCCUGGCUGGCUUUGGGAUGUUUUUCCUAUUUUUGGGUGUUUUAUUACUCUUCGAUAAGAGUUUAUUAGCGUUAGGAAAUAUAUUGUUUAUAGCUGGAUUGGCAUGUGUUAUAGGAUUAGAACGAACGUUUAGAUUUUUUUUCCAAAGGCACAAAAUCAAAGCCUCAAUCUCCUUCUUUGGUGGAAUAGUGAUAGUGCUUGUAGGUUGGCCGUUAGUUGGAAUGCUCUUUGAAACUUACGGAUUUGUAUUAUUGUUUAGUGGCUUUUUCCCAGUUGCCAUCAACUUUCUCAGAAGAGUACCCAUUUUAGGAACAUUUUUAAAUUUCCCAGGGAUUAGCAAGCUAGUUGAUAAACUGGCUGGAGACUCCAACAGGACAACAGUGUGACUUGAAAUAGACUUGAUUUCAAACAAAAUUGUUGAACGGUGCUGUUGCAUCGUAUUGUGGUGGCUCAGAUUUAAUUUAAUUACAAAUAAAUGUAUUUCAUUUGCAAUAUACCUACUGUACAGAUUUUUUAUUUUCCAAAUAAUGUACAAAAACCAUUUAUCGUUAUAAUAAAUGUCGGCACAUUUUU